UCUGCUAACUUUCAGCGUCACGUUCUGCCGCUCGCUCUCUCUCGCUCACUCGGCCUCACACAGGAUACACAGGGAGCUGCCGAGCGUCACCAUGCUCGCGGAGGUAGAGGAGAUAAUGGCAGCCCCAUCAUUGUGUUCCCAGAAUUUCCUUCGUUUGGAGAGAUCACAGACAGAGAAUUUCACAACGUGCUGACAUACCUGACUAGCGUGCCCAGUUUAUCUUCAACAGACGUGGGAUUCAUCCUGGUGAUUGAUCGCCGGCAAGACCGAUGGGCGGCCGUCAAAGGGACCCUGCUUCGUAUCGCAGGCUCCUUCCCGGGGAACCUCCAGCUGGUACUGGUUCUGAGGCCCACUACCCUCCUGCAGCGUACACUCUCCGACAUCCUCUUCAAGUUCAACAAGGAUGAGUUCAAGAUGAAGGUGCCGGUGAUUAUGCUGAGCUCAAUAACUGAGCUGCACUCCUACAUCGACCGCACCCAGCUGACCCAGGAACUCGGGGGAACACAGGAGUACUGCCAUGAGAAGUGGAUCUCUCACCGCACUGCUAUUGAAGGCUUUGCGUUGUUGGUAAAGAAAACAGCACAGACUCUGCAGUCAUUUGGCACCGAGCUUGCUGAAACCGAACUCCCCAAUGAAAUCCAGGCCACAAACAUCCUGCUGGGCACACACACCAACAAGAAAGACAAAAUGAAGGAGGAUCUGCUGGUGGCUCUGGGUCAGGGCAGCAGACUGCUGGAGAGCAUCAAUGAGCCUGUAGUGCGAAACCCCGACCACAACAUGAACCAGGAUGAAAUGGAGAACAUGGCUACAGUGCAAAGACUGCUGUCUCAGCUGGACGAGACAGAAAGGGCUUUCGAUGAGUUCUGGGUGAGGCAUCAGACCAAACUGGAGCAGUGUCUCCAACUGCGCCACUUUGAGCACAACUUCAGAGAGGUGAGGGCUCUGCUGGAUCAGGUGUCUGAGAAACUUGCAACCUUCUCUGAGGUGGGAAUCAGCCCAGCCCACGUGGACCACAUCUUCUGUGAACUCACCACCUAUGAGGAGAGAGUCUGUGAGGUGCUGGAGAGAGCCUUGUCGUUGGCCCGUGAGGGUGAUGAACUGAUCCAGAACUUGCACUAUGCCGAGGACUCCAUUCAGCCCAAAUGCAGCGAGCUCAGAGCAGUCAAUGAGAAUGUUAGCAGCAACCUGAGGGCCAAGAAGGACCACCUCCUCAAAGCUAAGGAGCUACACCACUGUUUGGAAAGGGCUUCUAAAUGGGUUGAUGAUGGUAUAUACCUGCUGGCAUCUCAGCCUGUAGACAAGUGUCAAUCACAUGAGGGGGCAGAGUUAGCCCUGCAGGAGCUAGAGCGUUACCUGGAUAAUGCAGGCCAGAACCAACUGACAGACCUCAAUACCAUUUGGAGUGAAUAUGAGGCGGUGCUCAACCAGAAGUUCAGGGACCAAGUGGAGAAGGUUUUCCAGAAGCAGGCGUCCAUGCAGGAGAUGUUCGACAAGAGGAGGGUCAGUCUGAAGAAGCUAGCAGCCAAACAGACCAGGCCGGUGCAGCCGGUAGCCCCCAGACCUGAAGCCUUCAUAAAAUCCCCUCUCAGCUCGCCUGCACACAGAGCACAGCAGGAGAAAAACUGCUCAGAGACAGACUCUGGGAACGACUGUGAGAAAGGAAAUGGCCAACUGCAGAACGGAGACAGUAACAGCAGACAUGCCUCUCUGUCAGAGGAGGAGGAGAACCUGGCGGUGCUCAGGAGGCACGUCAUGAACGAGCUCCUGGAAACUGAGAGAGCCUACGUGGAGGAGCUGCUCUGUGUAUUACAGGGAUAUGCCUCUGAGAUGGAUAAUCCAGCAAUGGUCCAUCUCAUACCCACUCCUUUGCAGAACAAAAAGGAGGUUCUGUUUGGCAACAUGUCAGAAAUCUACCACUUCCACAAGAGGACAUUUCUGAGGGAGUUGGAGCAGUACACCGACUGCCCAGAGCUAGUUGGAAGGUGUUUUCUAGAGAGGAUGACAGACCUGCAGAUCUAUGAGAAGUACUGUCACAACAAGCCUCGCUCUGAAAGCCUUUGGAGGCAAUGCUCAGACUGUGCCUUCUUCCAGGAGUGUCAGAAAAAACUGGAGCAUAAACUGGGCUUAGAUUCAUAUCUGCUGAAGCCUGUUCAGAGGAUUACCAAAUAUCAGCUGCUACUGAAGGAAAUGCUGAAGUACAGUAAGAGCUGUGAGGGGGCCGUUGACCUGCAGGAGGCACUGACAUCCAUCUUAGGCAUCCUCAAAGCUGUCAAUGACUCCAUGCACCUCAUCGCCAUUACAGGAUAUGAGGGUAAUCUGAGUGAGCUGGGUAAGCUACUGAUGCAGGGGUCAUUCAGCGUGUGGACUGAGCACAAAAAAGGUCAUGCCAAAGUUAAGGAUCUGGCCCGUUUCAAGCCUAUGCAGAGGCACCUCUUCCUCCACGAGAAGGCCCUGCUUUUCUGCAAGAGGAGGGAGGAGAAUGGGGAAGGCUAUGAGAAAGCUCCCUCAUACAGCUUCAAACAAUCUAUGAAUAUGAGUGUUGUUGGCAUCACUGAGAAUGCAAAAGGAGACAACAAGAAGUUUGAAAUCUGGUGUAACUCCAGAGAAGAGGUCUAUAUUGUUCAGGCACCAACGGCUGAAGUAAAAACCACUUGGGUAAAUGAGAUCAGGAAGGUUCUGACUACCCAGCUGGAAGCGUGCAGAGCCAGCCAGCAGAGGGCACCGGAGCAGGUUUUCCAGUUCCCUCCUGUGCAAAGUGGAUCAGUGAGUCUCAGUCCAUUCAAGUCCGGACAGAAGAGCUUUAAAAGGGGAGAGGAGAAGAAAGCAGAGCCCUGUAGCCCAGAUGCCAACUCCUCUUCUUCACCAAAGCCCACUGGAAAAGAUGAGGCUGUGACAAGCCCUACCUCAGACAGAGCUGCUGUGGCUAAAAAGCGCUUUACUUUACAGGGCUUCAGUAACCUCAAAGCACAGAAAGGAUCUCCCACAAGCCCUGAUCACAAGACGAAACGCCAGAGCGAUCCCACGCCAUUCGGCUUCAAAGGCUGGAACAAGGCCUCCCUGUCGCUGGAUGCCUCAGAGGAGCAUGACGGCUACUCCAGUGCCGAGGAUCCUCUUAACUCUGACCCAGAGGACGACAACGGCAAGAAGCUGUGUGCUGGCAAAUAUACAGUGAUGGCUGACUAUGAGAAGGGCGGCGCUCAAGAGCUCUCAGUGAAGAGCGGCGAAAUGGUGCAGGUGAUCAAGGAGGGGGAUGACGGACAGUGGCUUGUACGUAACCUGACCUCUUCUAAAGAGGGCUGGAUGGCAGCUGCUAACCUUAUCACACUCCUUGGAAAGUCCAAGUCGUGCCAGUCUCUCACCAGCUCAGAAGGCAGUGGUUCUGGAAACCUCAGCACAUCAUCCAGCUGCAGUGAGACCUACACAAGCUUCUCUGACAUCAAACCCUGAACUCCUCCGCACUUCCUCCAUCACCAAACUGCCCGCAAAUGCUAGCUAGUUUCCACAGAAAGCUGUAUUUUUCAUGUACAUGCACCAGUUAUUAAGAUAAUGUUAUACAUGUGCACAUGUUAUAGAUUUGAUUGUGAAGCAAUUGUGCGGUGAAGAUAAAUACAUCACAGACAGUAUGUCUGUGAAGGUUCUCAGUCAUAGUUAUCCAAAGAAGGUUAAAGUCAAGGGCAAUUGGACUUGGUUGAAGAUACUUGAAGACGUUUCGUCUCUCAUCCAAGAGACUUCUUCAAUUCUGAAAUGACUGGAAGGGAAACUCAGCUCAGGACGACCAGGUGCACAUUUUAGAAAGAGCAUGGAUGGUUUGAAAAAGGUGUCAAGGAAUCCAUCUAUACCCGGUUUGAGAAGCUGUCACUGAACAAAGGAGGAGGUCUACGCCCCACUUACAAUGCUGUCCUUUGAUGGUCAUUCACACUUGGCCAUGGGUGGUUCUGAUGACCAUAACGACUGUCAUUACCACAGCCAGGAGCACUAACGAACCAGCGGUAUCGACGAUCCUGGCAAACAAUCCCACCGUGGUCAAAUAGCUGA